UCUUGUCGUCUAGACAGAAACUCAUUUGUUACUGUAAGAGUGACAUGUAAACACUUGAAAAUUUGCUGAAAAAUACGGAAGUCACAUGUUUUUCUAAUCGGAAACGUUUGUGGCGGCGUCGCGCUGUUUUCGAACAAAUUUCGGGGGUGUUAUCCAGUUAAUUUUAUUUGGUGGUGGUUUUUUCUUCGUGUGGUCGAGUUAACCUUGCCCGGUUCAUUCAAAUGUUCGCCGUAAAGUGAGCUGGGGAGGCCUGCUUGAUGGAUUUUAAGGUUUUUUGAAAAUAUGUAACAUGAUAUGGAGUGUGGUAUACAGAGUGCGAUGCUGAGUGUCCCACCGGUUGGAGACGCAGGCGUCCAGCAACCCUUGCCGGCGUCGUAUUCGCCCUCGGAAGCUGACCAGGCCCAGUUUGAGGCCGACAAGAGGGCUGUGUACAAACAUCCACUUUUUCCGCUUCUGGCUCUUCUUUUCGAAAGAUGCGAAUUGGCAACUCAGUCCUCAGACCCACAGUCUAGCGAUGCCUUUAAUUUGGACAUUCAAGCGUUUGUGCAGCAUCAGGAGCGGGAUAGGAAGCCUUUUCUGGCAAAUGAACCGGAAAUUGAUGGGUUGAUGAUAAAAGCGAUACAAGUGCUGAGGAUACACCUCUUAGAGCUGGAAAAAGUUCAGGAACUAUGCAAAGACUUUUGCAACCGGUACAUUACUUGCUUGAAAGGAAAAAUGCAGUCCGAGAAUCUCUUAAGAUCCGAUUACCCUCAAGAUGUUUUAGGAAGUGGUUUGCUGAACAACAUGGAAAGCAAUAAUAAUAACAUGAUGUCCCACGGCAAUUCAGAAAGCGGAUCGGCCUCGAACAGCCCUGUCCAAUACUCUAUUAGCCCUUCACAGGCAGUAGCUCCUCCAGCGCAAAACAACCUCAUCGAUCGCCAAAUGGAAACACCCCCGAACUACCCGCUACCGCACUACGGGGGCCCCACCCCACCGUUACCUCAAACCCAGCCUGCAGCCGAAAACAUGGUGGUCCACGGUUCGACACCUCUGUCGCAAAUAGGAGCUAAUAUUUGCCCCGUGCCUCCUAGUGACAGUUCGGGGCCCCUCUCUCCAGCCCCAACGACACCGGGCGGUUCUGCCGAUGACUGUGAUAGCGAUUUUACCUCGAGGGGAGGCAGGAAGCAGAAACGGGGCGUUCUUCCAAAGCACGCGACCAGCGUGAUGCGAUCUUGGCUCUUCCAGCACUUGGUGCACCCCUAUCCGACGGAAGACGAAAAGCGUCACAUAGCCGCACAAACUAAUUUGACCUUGCUCCAGGUGAACAAUUGGUUCAUAAACGCGAGACGCAGGAUCCUGCAGCCGAUGUUAGAUGCUAGCGCGCCUUCGGAGAACAGCAGUGCCGCUAGUUCGCCGAAUCACAAGAAAAAGAAGAGCCAGAACAACAACAGGAGGUUUUGGCCUCAGGAUUUUGCUAGCAUGCAGCCUCAAUUGGAGAGUGGUAUCCUUUCGAGUUCAGACGAAGAGGGAGACUCGUACAGUAGCGAUGGGGAAGAAGGGAGUUUAGUCAUAGAUUCAAAUGCUCAGAGUGGGGAAGUUAACCAAAACGGUCAUUCGGCGGAAGCGUUAGGCUACAACAACAGUCCAGAAGCUGAGAGACAAUGAACCAGCCAAUUAAUAUAUGUUCCUUAAUGGUAAGCUUGUAGUUGGAAGGAGAACCCAAAGCAAUUGUUUGAGUUCAUUUUUAGCAAAUAAUAUUUGAAUGUGGGACUGAAUACUGAUGAAAGGAGGUAAGGUAUAAUGAAUAUAAAAUAUUUACACGAGUGAUAUUUUGGAAUCUCUUAAAUCGACUGAGAAGUUUUCCAGUCGUAAGGUGAUCUUGUAAAAUGGAGUCAAACAAUUAUCUGCAUUAUAAGGCUGAUUUAGGUCAUACAUUUGUUUUGUUUGUUGUAAAUGAAACCUGUAUACGUAAUAUAUACCUCAAUUUCCUAAAAAAGACGUACGUUGGUUUAAAUACGUAAGCGAAAAAUAAUAGUGUUACGUGUUUGAACUUUGUACACUUGUUUACUUCUUAAUGUAUACGCAUUUUUAAAUUUAAUGCUCAUUCCAGUAUUAUAUAUAUAACUGUAUAGAUUCUACGUAAUUGUACAUGCUAUACUGUUAAGCGUUUUUUAAAUUUUCUUUUUCGUAAGUUGUUGUUUCAGAAAUAUUGUUCAGUAUUAGGGUUAAGAUGUUAAAAAACAACUGUACUCAGAAACUAACGAGAAUCUCUUUUAAACGAUGAAUAAGAUCUGAUGGGUACAUUCCAAGUCUUUUUAUAUAUGUAUAUAUUUUGAAAAUUACUAAUUUUUAGGUUUUUUACCAUGACGGACGGAUUGUUAUUUUCUGAGUACCGCAGAAAAGUAUACUAACUGAAACUAAUAUACGUAAAUAUACAAUAAAUAGAUUAAGGAAAAACCGAGAAAUUUCCAUCCAAUUCAUAUAUUUAGAAAUUUAUUGUUAAAGUAGUAUGUAUUUUCGACCUGUUUUUGUAAUUUUUUUAGCCGCGGAAUCGUUUUCGAUACAAAAUCGUCCGUCACAAAUACAAUUUAUACGUACAAGUGUAUACUAUAACCUCUUCACGAGGACACAUAUCCCAGUAAAAAACUAAACGAUUUUUUAAAAUUGUUAACCAUUUUAAACUGGUGCCCGUUUUUGUGUCGAGCGCAUUUCGUUUUUCUGAUGUAUACGUAAAUUCUAUGAAACGAUGUAUAUAAGUUUUAUAUAGAAGUGCUGUAGUGCGUAAUAUAUAUUUUUUAGGUUCGUAUUAGCUGUAUUUUAAAGCAGGCAGUCGGAGUUGAAACCCUUCGUAAUAGUAAAAUUCGGUGACCCUUAGAUCUAAUCUACAGCGCAUUUGAACUACCUGUAGGAUAAUAUACGGCCAGUGUAAAAUUUGGCUCCGAUUGUUUGCCGAAUUACCCAAAUCCAUGUUACACAUUUAUUUGCUAUGUCGGUCUGUGAUAAAUUUUAAACGAUUGCUCGAAGUCAUUGAAAGAAGCAGUAGUUGAGUAAAAUUACAUGCAACGGUAUUUGUUUUGCUCGUUCUCCAGUUACAUAAGGUCUGUCGUGACCCAAAAGUUUUAUUUUAUUGGCGCAGCAAAGACCGUUGCAUCGCUUGAUAUUUCGACGAUUACUUAGGUAUUGACGCUUCUUGUGACUAUAUAUAUAUAUGUAUGUAUACGCUGAUACUCAAGUUAAACUAAGAGUACGAUAGUAAAAAAAAAACAAUUAUAGAAAUAAAUUUUAGAUCUUCGCAUAAAAGUGGCUCGGGGAGUAUGUCGCUUCUGACUUGAUUUAGAUUUCGUCUAGUUUUCGUUAUGACAUGUUAAAAUCGUUUAUGUUUGAUAAAGACUUGGCAUACUCCUCGGAACCACUUGAAGUAUUUUUUAUUAAUGCAAUAUUUGUUAGUAAGCUGUGUAUUUUCAUUGUAUCAUAAA